AUGUCUUUCAUUGUGGAUAAAAAUAAUUACAAAUUGUUGGAAUUUGCCGCCGAAGUUAUGGUCUAUUUUGAAAAACAUAAAAUAAUAGAAAUCGCCAAGUUAUGGAUUGCAAAAAAUAUUAAACGUAUUGCUGCAGAAAUUUAUGAAGACUGUUUGAAGGGGGGAAAAUGUGGUAUGGUGGCCAGCUUAAAUAUGACACCCCGUUAUCUAUAUCGUGUGGUUAUGUUUGGUAGGCAUGGUUCGGGUCGGAAAACACAAGCCCAAUAUUUGAUAAAACGUUUUAAUUUGAUUUUAAGUGAUGAUACGGCACCUCAUGAUCCUUUGGCUCGAGAAUUGCAGCGCGCAUUUUAUUAUGAUAAGUGCCAGGCGAAAUCGCAUGCUUUGGCUAAUAUUAUUUCCCGACGUUUUUUGGAUUGUGAUUGUUUGCGACAUGGUUGGAUUUUAAUAAAUUUUCCCCAUACUUUGCAAGAUAUUCAAGAACUAAUGGAGAGAUUUAAAAUACCACCCAAUAAAUUUGUCUAUUUAAGGUGUCCCGAAAAGAUGUGCAUGCUAAGGCUUAUAAAUAUGCCAAAUAUGAAAGAAACAUUGCAAGCAAAUUGUGAUUAUUAUGAACAGGAGAUGCGUUUUUUCAAUAAUCAAGAACCACAAAUUGAAUCAUAUCUCAUGAAGCGUCAAGAAACUAUUAUCGUAGAUGCCUCACAGCCAACGAAUGUGGUAAAAACCGAGAUGUUAUCACUAAUCGAGAAAACACCAUAUCUCAUGGGAUUUAAACAUGAUCUAAUAGAAAAAUAA